AUGUAUCUGACAGGAAGAGGACGUAAAGGGUGUAUCUGGAGGAAGGAGUAUGAGGACCUUAUUCGUAAAAUCACGAAUGCAGCACAAAAUUCGAUUCCGCUUGUAGGAGAAUUUGCCAUCUUCUCAAAUACACAGAUUGGUAAUCAUCCAACCAUAAUUAAGGGGUUUGUGGAAUCAGCUACUAAAGCUUUGGAAGGAAAUACAGUUGCUCCUAAUAAUAAUUUAUGCAAAUAUGUUGACGCAGCCAAAGAAGUUGUUAGUUGUGAAUAUGAAUACGGCACUGGUUGGGGUAAAGAGGUGGGUUGGGUGUAUGGAUCAACAUCAGAAGAUAUGCUUACUGGGCUGAAAAUCCACACAAAAGGUUGGAGAUCUGAACUGUGUUCACCAGACCAUAUACCCUUCAUGGGUUGCUCACCUCAAGAUAUCCCAAGUCUAAUGGGUCAACAAAAGCGAUGGGUUUCAGGCUUGCUUGCUAUUCUCUUCAGCAACCACUGUCCAAUUUUUGGAACCCUAUUUGGUAAGCUCCAAUUCAGAGAGUGCUUGGGCUAUCUUUGGUGCCUCAGUUGGGGCUUAAGACCUGUUCCUGAAUUAUGCUACACUCUUCUCCCUGCCUAUUGCAUCAUCAACAACUCUACUUUCUUGCCCAAGGAACUUGGACAAUGGGCUCCUACCACUUUGUUUGUGGUUUACAAUGUAACUAACUACUCUUGUGGAGUAUUUGGGAACAGGGUUAUCAAUUCGAACAUGGUGGAACGUUCAAAGAAUGGCAAGGAUAACCACAACGAGUGCUUGCGAUUAGGAAUAUCUGACACUGUGUUUGAGAUAACAAAAAAAGAACAACCAUCAUCCAAUGAGAAGGCUAAUGAAAACAAUGGUAGAUUCAUUUUCGACAAGACUCCAAUGUUUGUGUCUGGCACAACUAUUUUGCUUAUUCAACUCACAGCACUGGUUACCAAGUGUUUGGGAUGGCAACGACAAGUUGGAAAUGGUGAUGGAUCUGGUGUGGCGGAAGUGCUAAGUUGUUCAUAUUUGGUUGUGUGCUCCUGGCCAUUUUUGAAAGGGUUAUUUGGGAAAGGAAAAUAUGGCAUUCCCUUAUCCACUAAGGAAGCGAACGAUAGUGCAGAAGAAGAUAGCUUCUUAGCUGUUAACAGUGUUCGUUUACCAUUGCGGACUUCAUUUUCUCUCUUCUUUCUCUCUGCAAAGCACAACCCCCAUAACAUACACUGCAGAGUUCAGUGUGCAGAGUUUGAGAGAGAAAUGGGUUCGAAUUGUGGUGGCGUUGUGGUGAGGUUUGGUUUGUGGGUGGUGGCGCUGUCCAUUGCAGGGUACAUAGUGGGUCCCCCUCUCUACUGGCACCUCAUUGAACUCCUCAACCAUUCUUCUUCUUCUUCUUCUUGCGCUCCUUGCCUCUGUGAUUGUUCUUCCCAACCCAUCAUUUCUAUUCCCCAAGCGCUUAGCAACUCUUCUUUUGAAGCUUGUGCAAAGCACAAUCCAAAGGUGGAUGGAGACACCGAAAAGAAUGUAGCGGAGUUACUGUCAGAAGAACUAAAUCUCCGGGAAACUGAAGCUUUGAAAAAUCAGCAUCGUGCUGACAUGGCUCUGCUGGAAUCUAAGAAGAUUGCAUCUCAGUAUCAAAAAGAAGCAGACAAGUGUAAUUCAGGAAUGGAGACAUGUGAAGAAGCCAGGGAAAAGGCUGAGAUGGCCUUAUUGGCCCAGAAGAAACUCUCUGCAUUGUGGGAACUGAGAGCUCGUCAGAAAGGAUGGAAAGAAGGGCUUUCCAAAUCUAAUACUCACUCUAAAGGGAAAGUACACACUGCUUAG